CGAUUCUAUCCCCGACCAAGAUGGCUGCUUGAGUCUUCCGUGACGUCACCGCUCCCGUGGUGUUGCCGGUUGCAGCGAUGGCCGCGUCUCGUCGCUCGCUCUGCCGAGCCUGGCCAGGCCUCCCUCACCUCUUCCUCAUCUUCCUCCUCCUCCCUCUUCCUGGGCUCCUCGCCUCGACGGCUGAAGACGUACAGGGACAAGCUGAACAUUUCUUCACAAGUGGCCAUACCAACAACUGGGCGGUGCUGGUGUGUACAUCUCGCUUCUGGUUUAACUACCGCCACGUCGCCAACGUGCUGUCUGUCUACCGCAGCGUCAAGCGCCUGGGCAUACCGGACAGCCAGAUCAUCCUGAUGCUGGCGGACGACAUGGCGUGCAACCCCCGCAACCCCCGCCCUGCCACGGUGUUUAACAACGCGGCCGAGCAGAUCAACGUGUACGGGGACGACGUGGAGGUGGACUACCGCGGAUACGAGGUAACGGUGGAGAACUUCCUGCGUGUGCUGACGGGAAGGCUGCCUCCCAGCACCCCCCGCUCCAAACGGCUCCUCACGGACGAUCGCAGCAACAUCCUCAUCUACAUGACUGGACACGGUGGAGAUGGCUUCCUGAAGUUCCAGGACGCAGAGGAGAUCUCAAACGUGGAGCUCGCCGACGCUUUUGAGCAAAUGUGGCAGAAGCAGCGGUACCACGAGGUGCUGUUCAUCGUGGACACGUGCCAGGCCGUGUCUCUGUACCAACGCUUCUACUCCCCCAACGUCAUGGCGAUCGGGAGCAGCCAGGUCGGAGAGGACUCUCUAUCGCACCACAUGGACUCGAGCAUCGGCGUGUUUGUGAUCGACCGCUACACCUACCACCUGCUCGACUUCCUGGAGAACAUCCACCCAUCCACCCGCAAGACCAUGACCGACCUGUUCCAGGUGUGCCCUCCGCGCGACUGCAUCUCGACGCCGGGCUGGCGCACAGACCUGUUCACGCGCGACCCGGGCUCCGUGCUCAUCACCGACUUCUUCGGCAGCGUGCGCAACGUGGAGCUCACGAUGGAGACCGUGGCGCUGCCGCGGCAAACCAGUCCGCCGCUCACCGAGCCCCCGUGGUCAGAAGAGACACUCACCACCCCUGGGCCUCUCGAGGUCGACUUCGUGGAUCCACUGCCGGUGGCAGACAUCAUCCGAAUGGGCAAGCGUCGCGAGUGGCACCCGCCAAACGCGUUCAUCCUCUCCUUCUGGGCGCUGGUGCUGCUCGUCUUCUUCAAGGCGUAUGGCGCCAAGCACCUCCCAUUCAUCUUCUAGCGGCGCCGCCGCCACGGCUGCAGGCGGUGGAGUGCGGUGACCCACGGAGCGCCGCACCGGCCCGCCGCGUACGGCCCCACCACGGCGCACCGACAAACCGCACCGUGCCACACAGCACCGCGUCGGCAAAUCCGCGCCGCACCGAUACCACGCCACAGCACCCUGCACACGUAACCGGCGCACGCCGUGUCGCUGCACACUGAACCGCACACACCUUAUGCAUAGCAUGCACCGCGCACUACACACCGCACACUCUGCACACCACGUUACAUGAUUGGUUCCAGAGCCCUGUGAUGGCUGCAGAUUCUUAGGCCGCAUUUUUUAUUUCGCGGGGUGUGUGCGGUGACACAGUUGUACUGAUUAUGCGGUUAUUUGGAUGUCCGGUUAUGCUGUUUUACCGUGGUGCAGGUAUGCGGUUAUGCGGCUUUGCGUCUCGCCAGAUGGCCGCGCUGGCCACCGGGGAAAUCAGAAAUCCAAACCGGGCGCUCGAGUCGCGAGCGAGAACACAGCCCCCCCCCCCCCCAUCUCCUCCAUCUCCCCACCUCCCACCGGUGAGGAGGGGCAGGGGUGGGCACUGAGCCAGGACUUGUGCCGUGGCGCUGUGCCCACCUCUGCGGUGGCGCUACGUGGGCCGUGUUUGUUUACUUCCUCGGUCGGGCGCCAGAGGUUUUCUUGCGUUCCUGAAGACCCCCUCCAUUAUCGCCCCUCCCCCUUCCUCCCCACAUCAUCCUCCUCUCCCUCCCCGUCUCCCGGGAAACCCUCUGCCUGUGCAUGUGUGCAUGCGUGUGUGCUUGUGCGUUCAUGCGUGUGUGUGUACGUUGCGACCUCCACUCAGGGUAACAGGGCCUUGGGUCGCACGGAAACCCUGGCACGAGUGCCGAUCGGCGCCGUGCGCUGUUGGUCAUGCCCGAUGGGGGUUUUGCGCAGUCAUUGGUGACCGGGCUGACACCACUUACCUCUCUACGUUUAAGGGCCUGGUGUAACCACAACUCGGGUUAUGUUGGUCUCUGGGCCCCGGUGAUUAAACGAAUUGUUUGGUGUUGCUGCUGCUGCGUUGGCGAUGGCCUAUAAAGACACAAGUCGGGCAGUGGUCCUCCAUCGCGUAUGAACGCCGCUGGUUGUAUCUCUUUUUCUUUUAAGGCAGUGUUGUUGACGAGUGAUAGUUUUAUCGUUAAUUAUGGGUCUCUAAUGGGAGUCUGGGUCCCUGUGAGUGUAUGGGUCUCUUUGUGAGUCACUGGUGACUGAGCUGAGACCAUCAAACUGGCUGCACUUGAGAACCUGGUUUAAGCGCAGGCAGUGGCCAACACCCGGAUUUAAACCCAGGAUUUCAGUGGUGCCAGCGUGGGGGAGUAUUUUGACUCAAUAGUUUUGACCCUGGGUUCAGAAUACGAUAUAAUAUUUGAACCCUGGGGUACAAAUACUCAUAUCGCAAGGAGUCGGACGAAAACAUUGAUUCUCUAAUCGAAUCCUGGGCCUCCGAGUCGUGGCAAUUCCUCAGAUCGCCAGGGAGUGAAUCGUCACACCCACGUCCCACCACCAACCAACCCACACACAAACUCUAACCCUGCUGUGGCAGAAUUUGCUUGAAUCAUUGUGUGUGUGUGCACGACAGCAGUGAGCGUGCGUUGGUGGAAAUCGCCGGGCAGUCUGCCCCGAGUGGCGUCUGGAUUUGUCGUUGAAUUAGCGAUGCCGCCUUCAUCUCCAUGUCCCUCAUCUCCGUGUCCCGUUUGGUUUAUUUGUAGAGAAACUGGGAUUGUUUUAACGUCUGUUUAUUUUAGUUUGAGGCUUGCCGUGUUUAUAUUGUGGGCCCCACGCACAGACACACACCCUCUCGUGUGCUGUGCCAGCCUUCAUAGGUGCUUGCUCACAGCACGUGCCCUAAAAAGGCUAUACGGGUGAUUUCUUUUUGUCUUUCGUGAUUGAAGUGUGUAUGUGGCGGUGGCAGCGGUGUCCAGCGUUCCAAGGUCGUCACCACUCGCAGCGUCUUGUAUAUGGGAGCAAUGGUUCGUGAAAUGCACUAUGGGCUUGAGCUCAAUUCCUUGCCAUGGCUAACAUCGGUGGUAAGUGGUAGCUGAAUGGGUCAAUAAAAAACAGAAUGAAUGGUUUUAUGCAUGGCAAAUGCACUUGUGUGCUGAAUAAAUAUUACAGAAUCUGAGUUUGCCUCCUUAAUUGACAAAAGUGGCCCAAGGUUAUUGACUCCUAUUUAAGUAAAAACUCGAGUUUGAAUAAGUAUGCAUGCUAAACACAUUUUGUAAAUGAAAAUUAGGCAUUGUGCAAGCGGUGUUUGCCUUGGACAAAUUAAUAACCCAUCUUGAACCAACCUCACAUACUGGCCUGGCGUUCUUGGCAUUAUUAAUGAAAAUACGGUGUCCAGAAUAAAAAAAAAUACCCAACAAAAAGAAUUUCCCUUAAAAAAUGUUACGGCUGCAUUUUUCCAAGAGUGAAUCCCCUCCUUGUGUGUAGGCCGUGCCAUGCCACACGUGAGAUAAAAAGUGGGACACUUCACAAUGUCCCUACUAACCCAUGUCGUUUUAGUGGAAAAUGGCAAAAUAUUAAUCGACAGUAUAUAUGUAAAAGGGAAAUUUGUGAUUGUGUCUGUUCAAAAUGUUUAGCGUACUCCCCGACAUGCAACAAACUUGAAAUUUGCCAUGUGGGUACUUUCCAGACUGUACACCAUGCAACAAUAAUGAUAAAAAAUUGUAUUUUGGGGGGGGCGCUAUAAUUCAUAUAUUUUGCACGGCAAGUGAGCUGUGACGUCACAUCUGUCAUGUACCGGAGUGUGCCUGCUAAAUUAUUUCAUUCGUUUACUGCCGUACGCAUCCUGAAAGUUGUGCGUGUCUGCAGCAAGCACGUGUACAAGUACCUAUGGAUGCGCGUGUGUGUGGGGGGGGGGGGGAGCAGUAGUGUAGUGGUUAGCAUGCUGCGCUACAAACCCGGCGACCCGAGUUCAAUUCCCGCUCACGACCACCACCGGUGACAAUUAUUUGAACUGGUCCUGGGCCUCCCCUAGGUCGACUCAGCCUCAAACGAGUAACUGGUGGUGUGUGAACAUCACCACUGGGGAGACAAAGGUGGCCUAUGUUUCAAGAAAAAUUGAAUUCCUGCAUUCUGUUUGUGCUACAUAUUCAACAACAUCAGGAAGUACAUCUUACUUUUUCCAUCCAACAUCGUAAUUUUUAGCUAAACUAUGCCAUUUCUUAUUUUUAAAGUGGAGAAAAGCAAAGUAAGCAUGAAUAUCCUGCACCUCGAAAAACUACAGAAACAUAAUGACAAGUUGUAAAUGUCACAUUGUCAACAAGACCACAGGCGCACCAUAGAUAACAAUUGACAAAUAAAUGAAACUAUUUUGAAGGGGUUACCUUUCAGAGGACAAAAAUUCUUUUUUUUUAAAGGGCCUCUUCAGCAUUUAAGGGGAAAUCUGAAGAGCGCCCGGGCCAAAAUCAUUAUUUAUCUCAACCACAAUGCACAAAAAUAACCAUCGGCUUUGUUAACACGUGUCCACACAAUAUUUAUUCCAACAAUGCCCAACAGGAAUCGCACAAUUCACCUUCAUCAUCGUUUGUUGGGUCGGAUCACUCAUUUAUGAAGCUUCAGUCGUAGGGCAGAUACAUUCAUGCACACUGUGGGAUCAUUCGGUGGGGGAUAAAUCGUGAGUAGAGUUGGCAGUGGUGUAAAAUCAUAAUCAAACAAUGUAACAAAUCUUACAUCGUUAUUUGAUUACCGCGUGACCUUGUACAAAGUGAAUUGUCAUAAUUUGGAUUAACAAAAAAUAAAAUAUAGUCUCAGCUAUACAUUUGUGCUGGGUCUCUUGUGUUCCGUCUGGUUCCAACUUGUACGAAACGCUUGAAUACAAUUUGCCAAUUAUCCCAGGAUUCAUAAAUGGAUU